AUGUCUCCCCGCAAGAAAGACCUGCUGUCCGCGGUCGCAGCAGCGGCGGAAUCCAGCGCCGACACAGCCAAGACCUCCGCGCAUCAGCUGCACGAGAAGACGCGACUGGAGCGCAUCCCCCCGGCCGUGCGCUUUGCCCUGGCCGUCUUCAGCAGCCUCGUCCUCAGCUCGACGCUCUUCACCCUCACCACGGGCAUCACGCUGGGCGAUCUCGGUCGCGUGAGCAAACACCUCGAGACAUGGUGGGAGGUGGGCGGGUUGAUGGCCUGGAAGGCCGUCGAGGUCGGUCUGGCCUGGGUCUUGGGAUAUGACGCCCGCGACGUCCUAACCCUAACCCUCCUCACGCACCUCCCAACCUACACCCUCCUCUCAACAUUCUACACCGUCCGCCCCACCACCACCAUAACCAGCUACCUGAUCACGCUCAUCUCCACCACUCUCCCCUUCUACCUCCUCCGCCCCUCCUCUUCGCUCUCCUCCCCGGGCCCCAAGAACCGCUCCAUCCUCCAGGACCGCCCCACAACCAUCUACACCACCGUCGCCGCCACCGCCAUCUUCGCCGUCGCUCUGUACACCAGCUACGCCACGCCCUGGCUGCCCCGCCUCCUGGUCGUACAUUUCGCCAACCUCCCCGAUAUUUCGGCCGUGCAUGCGGGGCCUGCUGGUCUGCCCGGCUUGUUUUUGGGGCUCCUCCCGGCAGGUGCGGCUGUUAGGGACUUUUUGUUUGUGAGUUCGGCGGGGGUGGAUGAUGAGGUGACCUCAGAGGAGAAGAAGAAGAAGAAGAAGCAGAAUGGUGGUGAGGGCGAGAGUGAGGGCGAAGGUGAGAGCAAGGGAGAAGGAGAAGGAGAAGGAGAAGGAGAAGGAAAGUCUUUCCUCUGCGCACUGUAUCAGAAGACGUGGGGCUCCCUGACCCGGAAGACCCAGGUGCUGGUGUCCCGCACGGUCGUGCUGGCCGGCUUGUUGCUGGGUAACACGGUGGUGCAGGUUGCGGGGACCGUCAACGGGGUUGAUGUGACCGGCGCUGCGGCUUGGGGAUCGGUCUGGGCCGCCGCGGCCGUUGUUACGGGGGCGUUGUUUGGGUGGGUGGAGGCUGUGGAUGGGGUUUGA